CAAGGCUUAGGGUUGUAUACCCGACAAGACAUCCCAAAAGGAUGUUUCGUUUGCAUCUAUGCCGGUGAGGUCAUCGAUCAGGAUGAAGCACGUCGCAGGUGGGAGCAACGAGCUAAAAGAUCAGAGGGAAACUAUACUCUCGUUAUUCGGGAAGCGUCUGGCAGCACUGUUUGGAAGACUAUCGUGGAUCCCACUUAUCGAGGAAAUGUCGGAAUCAAACACUCUUCCUCCUUAGAUCAUGCUUGCCCACCGCUCACCUCGCUGAUUAUUCUGCCUGUGAGGCCUGCCGGCCAUAUGAAACCUCAGCCCGCAUUAUUUGCAGGUCGCGAUAUUGUGAGAGGUGAAGAGCUGAGCUUCGAUUAU